UUCCAGUUCCGGCCUCACAGGGGUGUGGAGCAGCCGGGAACAUGCGGCUGUCGUUCGCCGCCGCGGUCUCCCACGGCCGCGUAUACCGCCGCCUAGGCCUUGGUCCCGAGUCCCGCAUUCACCUGUUGCAGAACUUGCUUACGGGACUGGUGCGACACGAACGCAUCGAGGCGUCAUGGGCACGCGUGGACGAGCUGAGGGGCUACGCCGAGAAGCUCAUCGACUACGGGAAGCUGGGAGACACCAACGAACGAGCCAUGCGCAUGGCGGACUUCUGGCUCACGGAGAAAGACUUGAUCCCAAAGCUGUUUCAAGUACUGGCCCCUCGGUACCAAGGUCAGAAUGGGGGCUACACGAGAAUGCUGCAGAUCCCAAAUCGGAGUCAGCAGGAUCGGGCCAAAAUGGCAGUGAUUGAGUACAAAGGGAACUGUCUCCCACCCCUGCCCCUGCCACGCCGAGACAGCAACCUUACACUCCUAAACCAGCUGCUUCAGGGGCUGCGGCGACCAGGAAGCAAGCACGCGCAGCUCCCACCCAGCUCAAACACCAGAGGUUUAACUGAAGCCAAAGGGCAUGUGGCCCUCAUCAGUGCCCGUGAUCAGCCUUGGGAGCUCUAUUAAGCUCGAAGAACUGGAGCUUGAGUUGUAAAAUGGACUGUCUGAUUGGAGUCUGGAGCCCAGAACUUUCUGAGAGCCAGAUACCCUUUUCUUUGCACAAUAGGUAAAAAUCAUUGUAUGUAUGUAAACUGAUUGUUUUCCCCCCUUCGGAUUUCUGGAGAAUGAGAACUCUACAUCGGUCUGUAUGAGGCAGUAAAUUCAUGGCAUGUUUCUGGCUCUUAAUCUGGGUUGUGUUGAAUUAACACGGUUUUGUUGUUCUUCAUGCCUGAUUAUAUGGGGCAUGUAUUCUGUAAUUCCAAACUGGCCCCCAUAGGUGGUUGAGUUUUGUUAUCUAGCACAGAGACUGAGCCCCUGGGAUUUCUUAAAAGAUUACUUCCUGAAGGGUUGGAGGGUGAACAUCUAGAAGUGAACUUUCUGUAAUAAUCUGGCACCGUAGGAACCUUCAAGGUUCCAAUCCUCUGUUUCUGGACAGGAUCACAUGUUACCUUCAAGUGCUCCCUUCAAACCCUGAACAGACUUCAGAGGAGAGGACCAUCAACCUGGCCAGGAGAGUGGAAGCAUUUAGCAGAGGAUGUUGACUGCAGGAUAAGCUCCUUCCUUUGAGGGUGGGAAUGGAGGGGUGAAGAAGAGGGUAGAAGUGGAAGGAAGAUUAGAAAGUUAAAUACGUGGGAAUUUCCUGGAAGUUUUCAUUGUUGUCAAAUCUGGCCCUCUCUGGGAACUCGGAAGAAGGAAAUCCGUCUUCAGAAUGGUCAGGAUGUGAGAAGUAGGAAGUUCCUUUAUGUGCACUAGGAACUGCGAAGCCAGACUGGGCCCGGCCAGGCUGCCCAUCCCUCACACUCACAGGCUUCACUUGGGAGAUAGUCAUGGGAAGUCUUGGAACUAUCAUCCCUGCACGAAUACGGGAUAGCAGGGCCUAGCAGAUCCCAGAUUUCUAGUACAGUGAAAAAAAGAUUUUUAUCUUAGGGCAGACCUUCAGAGGGUAUUUGGCCCACCAAACCCAUACACUGUUUGAGAUAAUAAGGGUGCCGGUGGAGGGCUCCCCAGUCUAGCAGACAGAUACUGGCCUUAGUGCCAGCUGCUCUGGUCUCAUUUCAGGUCAGCUGCCUAAGUGAGAAACUGAUCUGCCCCCAACAGAGAUCUCAUCUCUUUUAUUCUACUCCAGUUGGUCUUCUGCACUGUUACAAAAAACCUUUUUCUGACAUUAUAUUUUAAGUGACAUAUAGUAGACACUUAGAAUAUUUAUUGACUAACAUUUAACUCUGAAUGCUCCUCAAAAAAAAUUUGCUCCCGUUCUGCGUUUUUGGCACUAACUCAUUCCCCUCAGCCAGAUAUCUUAGAGUCAGCCUUGACUCCUAGAAAAAGCACUUUCUUUAAAAUUAAAACCACAUCUCUAAGUGUUGGUAUCAGGUGGAUUAUGACUGGACUCUUACAUCUUUUCCUCUUAGGCCUGAGAAAUAUACCUUCCUUUGGGGCUUUCAGUAGUUCCCCAAGUGUUUUAUUCAGCAUCUGCUAGUACCCAGCAUCAUUUUAGGCACUAGGGAUAUCCUAGUUAGCAAGUGUCGGCCAUAUAUUGGGCCCUGGGCUACACAUUAGGAUAUAGAAUUGAGAAGAAACAACCUGUGCCAUCAAGGAGCUCACAGCCUGAUGGGCCAUGUCCAGUGCCACAGUGGUCUCAAGAGACACUGCGUCCCCUUUAAUGUUUUUGCCUAUAUAGUAGAUAGAGUAUGUGAACCCUAAAGCAUUUACUAAAGGCUCAGGGAUUGGUGCAGUGGUAAAGAACUCCCCUGCCAAUGCAAGAGACGAGUUCAAUACCUGGGUUGGGAAAAUCCUCUGAAGUAGGAAAUGGCAACUCACUCCAGUAUUCUUGCCUGGAAAAUUCCAUAGACAGAGAGUCUCAUGGGCUGCAGUCCAUGGGGUCACAGAGUUGGACUGGACUGAAUAUAAACACUGGGAUAACACCAGGGAAAUAACAGUAUAGCAGUUUCACUAAUCAGGCCUAUAAAUGGCAAGUCUUCACCUAAAUAGGUGGAAUAUGCCCCCAAAUCCAUGCUGGCACCUAUUUAAUAAAUUCCAAACUCCCAAGUGAGGCCCAUAUAUAGUAAAAAUUCCCUCCUACUUGCAAAGUUUCUCUGUUCAGGCUCUAGCUUCACAAGUUAUGCCCAUUCUCCUCAAAAUGUAACAAAUUUACUCUAGUCUAAAUAGACCAAUGGCAGUGUAAGCCCAGAAUCCAAAGGAAACUAUUACAAAAGUCAGGCUAUUAUAUUAUACUCAUUUUCUGCAGUAAAAUUAGCACGUCAUGUGAAAUUUAUUUCCAUAGUGUUUCUCAAAUCUGUGCACACACCUCCCUAGUCUGAAAUCCAAGACCUCUCUAUCCUGGAUUACUCCAAUAGUCCCCUAAUGUUCUUCCCUGCACACUGCAGCCAUAGUGAUAGGGAUCUGCUGUCUUAAUUCUCUGCUCUUCUUUUCCAAUAGAGAAGGAGUCCAGCUUCCUUACUGUGACUCUCCUCAGUGAGUAGGCAUCUGCUCAUUGCUCCAACUUCUCUUGUCUCUAAUUUUAUGUUCCAGAGUCAUGGAAGGCCUUAUUUUGACCAUUUCCCUAUGUGUGGGCUUCCCAGGUGGCACUAGUGGUAAAUAAAGAACCUGCCUGCCAAUGAGACAGAAGAGACACUAGGUGGGGAAGAUUCCCUGGAGGAGGGCAUGGCAACCCACUCCAGUAUUCUUGCCUGGAGAAUCUCCAUGGAUGGAGGAGCCUGGCAGGCUACAGUUCAUAGGAUCACAAAGAGUCAGACACACUUAGCACCUUCCCUGUGCAUGGCUUUCCUUAAUACAUUUUGUUCAUCUACCACCCAGAGAACUCCCUGCCUUUUACCUACCUGACUUGUACACACACUUUUGGUAUUUCUUGGGUGACUGCUCUGACCAUCUCCAAACAAGUUUAUUACUUAGUGACCCUAGGUGCCACUACGGUAUUUCCGUAAUGCACUGAAUUCACCACAUUGCGUUACAGUUCCUUGCAGUGGGUUGAUUCCCAAACAAACGCCCCAGAUUAGUCUAAAGGCAGUCAUGGUACUUCCACCCCCUGGCUAUUGAUGGGUUCAAAGAUAGACAGGUCUUAAAUAAUUUGAGGCAGUGAGAAUCUUGGCUCUGUAACAGUAAGAAUACAUAUUAUUCUGAUAAACAGGGAACUGGCUCAAGGCUGAAGAUGAUACUGAGAAUGGUAGGUUAGAAAAACUAAAAGAUACUAUAUAAUAAGAAUCUUUAGUGAUUAUUCCCAUUUGUGCCUGAGUUUUUUCUAUGAAUUGCUACCAAAAGUAAUCUGAUCUAUUGUUUUGUAGUGUUGAAUUUUUAGUGUUUCUCCAAAUUUUUUUUUUACCGCAGAUCAAAAUACAUUUAUCAGAACACAAUAUUGAUGUGUGUGUAUAUAUACAUAUAUAUUGUUGAGACAAAAGCAUCACAAAACAUUAUUUAUAAAUGUCAUGUGCACUGAUAUUGUCUAGUCUCUUCUAGUUUACUUUUUUAAAAUGAGGGUCCCAACUCACCAAGUUGAUUCUACAACUCAGUAAUGUUU